UUGCUGUCAUGGCUGCGCCCAGAAGCAAAAAAUUCGCAAUACCAACCUUAGAAGAAAUUGAUGAUUCAGAAAGAAAAUCGAGUAACAUCCAGUCUACAUUUAAAAACUUUCAAUCAACUAAAAAAACUAAAGAUUUGAAUAAUCAGCUGGGAGAGUCCACAUCAUGCAUCACCAGUACCAAGUCUACUGAUAAUGUCCCUGAAAAUAGCAGCCACGUUCCUAAUGUACAACAAACAGUUGUCCAGAAAGCAACACCUUCAUCAGGUGUAGUUAAAACUGACAAUGGAAAGAAAGAAGAAACAGUGGAAAAUUUUCCAACAUUAGCUAAAUUAGGUACUACCAACUCUGUCAUUGUUAAUCCAAGACAGAGAGGCAAUCCAAUCUUGAAACAUAUUAGGAAUAUACCAUGGGAAUAUGGUAAUAUUAUUCCAGAUUAUGUCAUGGGACAAGCAACUUGUGCUUUGUUUCUCAGUCUACGAUACCAUCAGUUACAUCCUAAUUAUAUACAUGAUAGAUUAAAGUCAUUAGGUAGAAGUUUUGAUUUACGGGUGUUAUUAGUUCAAGUAGAUUUAGCAGAUCCACAUCAUUUACUGAAAGGUUUAUCAAAGAUAUGUAUAUUAGCAGAUUGUACAUUGAUGUUAGCUUUUACGGCUGAAGAAGCAGGAAGAUAUUUAGAAACCUAUAAAGUUUAUGAAAAUAAACCACCAGAUGCCAUUAUGGAAAAAACAGAUAGUAAUUUUAUGACAAAGUUAUCAGAUUGUUUUACUAUGGUUAAAUCAGUAAAUAAAACAGAUUGUACAACUCUUAUAUCAUCUUUUAAGUCUGUAGAGAAUAUAAUGAAAGCUGAUAAAGAAGAUUUAGGAUUAUGUCCAGGGUUUGGUCCACAGAAGGCUAAAAGACUCUAUGAUGUAUUACAUGAACCAUUUUUAAAGAAGAAAAACAUUCCCAAGAACACAGAAGAUCAGGAAACAUGAAAAUAGGCAACCUAUAUGUGAUAAACGCUUAUUAGUGCAACCAGUAUUAGGAAAGAGAGUGGUGAGAAGUAGUGCACCAGCUGACAUAGAUUGAGGAAUGAUUAAUACUUGAACCUUCAAGGACUUAUUUUUUUCCGGAAGUAAAUUACUUCUAAUGACUGCACCACAUACACCAAGUGACUGAUGCAACCUUAAGUAGUGUGCUGCUAUUUAAAAAUGUCAUGAUAUCUUUUGAAUAUACAUGUAUGACAAUCAUAAUCGUCCUCAUUUUCCUCCAGAUAAUAUUAUUCAGUUGAUUGCAUCAUAAUUUUUCGAUGUUCUUCAGAGAAAUGUUAGUUUUAUUUUAAAUUGGAUAGAAUAACAAUUGUACAUAAAGCAGUUAUAUUUUUGUAAUAAAUUAUUAUCAUUUA